GUCUUACUAUCAUAUCAGCAUAUUAUAGCUACUAGAUACUGAUAUGGAGGUGAGAAAAGGUUCAUGGACCAAAGAGGAAGAUCAACUUCUCAGGAACUACAUUGAGAAACAUGGAGAAGGAAGAUGGCACAAGGUUCCUUUCCAAGCAGGCUUAAACCGAUGCAGAAAGAGUUGUAGAAUGAGGUGGUUGAAUUAUUUGAAGCCAAACAUUAAGAGAGGAGACUUUGCAGAGGAUGAAGUCGAUUUAAUGAUUAGGCUUCGGAAGCUUUUGGGAAACAGGUGGUCUUUGAUUGCUGGACGACUUCCUGGAAGAACAUCAAACGAUGUGAAAAACUAUUGGAGUGCUCGGCGAAGGAGAAACAUAGAUUUUAGCAUCAUGAAAAAUAAUAAGCCUCCAGAAAUAACAAAGACCACAGUAAUAAGACCUCGACCACGAACCUUCACCAAAAGUCUACAUUAUUUAAGUUCUAAAGCUACAACUUCAAAACCUAUUGAAUUAGGAAAUAGUUCAUCAUCAACAUCACCACCUAUAGAGAAUGGAAAUGAGGAGUGGAAAACUCUACUGGAGGAAGAAGAUGUCCUUACAAACUUUUGGGUUGAGGAUAUGGCCUCAAUGUCAAGUAUAGAUGUCAAUUCUACUGAACAAGGUUUUGAAAUGGACCUUUGGCAUUUUCUCCAAGAAGAAGCAAGGCAAUAAGAUUCAGACAACCUGAUUCUCUUUACUGUUGGUGUAGAGAAUAAAAACAAUCAAUCUAGUGUGUAUUGUUAGAUUAGAUUUGCAGAACAAAUCUCAUUUAGAAUAGGUCUUGUUGAUUUAUCGUUUGCUUCUUUUUCUUUUCUU